AUGGGAAAUGGUCAUUUUCAGUUCUACUACUAUCGAUCUGACUUCAACGAGACUCACGCAGCGGAAUGGCGUCGAACUCAAGAGGAAUGUCGAUGUCAAAUGACGAUGACGACAACGAAGGCGAGAAGCCUCAACUGCUAUCCUCGUUCCAUCAUUGCCGACGCCACCAACGCCACUGCUGAUUCAUUGCGAUGUGGCGAAUGCUUUUCGUGCAUUUCGAUGCCAAUGGCAUCUGGAGAACGGUAUGAUCGCAUUCUGAACAGUGCUCUUUCAUUGGAUACAGGGAACAUACAACAUAAACCUAAUUUUAGAAAAGCACAGAUGGUGUUCGCAUUCAGCUCGGAUCACACAGCUGUGAAUAAGUUGUUGGUACUGAUCGGAUCUGUACACAAGCACUAUCCGUCUACAAAAGUUCUACUCUACGACACCGAAGUUGGCAGUGACCUGUUGCAGAAAAAGUUGGUCAGUGUUCGAAAUGUCAUAGUGAAUUCGGCUGACGUUGCUAUGAAACACCUUUCUGAUGAUGCAGACAAGUCACAAAUGAACGCUUUAUUUAUGUGGGAUGCAUUAAGUCGAUACAGAUCAGUAUUGUGGAUGAACGACGAUCUCGAGUUUCUAUCAAGAAAUCUUGACGACAUUCUGAACAAGACCACUUCAGCCAUCACUGCUAUUGGUCGUGAGUACUCCGUGAGCACUAGAAAACACGGUACUUCUUCAAUCAUUUGUCAUGUACUUUCCUGGGAAAAAAAGAACACAGCAUUCACAACGAGAAUUACACGUUACUUCUGUUGCGAAGAGGAGCCGGAAAGGCGCUUCAAUGGUGAGUCAUCGUUUGGUCUGGGGAAGGGGAGGGGGUGGGGAGUGAUACACUUGAUGCCUCUCCAUCAUGAGUCGAUAACUCGCAGUCAGUCGGAGCACUGUCAGUGGGCGGAGUGA